GUGCGUACAGUUGGGUGGGCAAAUCGUAUCCAAGUGUCGUAGUAGAGCACCAGGCGGCGACAGUACGGGCACGCGAUAGUCUGUUGUAUCGGAAAAGUGAAAAUUUUCUUGCCAGUUGCAGAUUUGGCGUUUGACUUAAAACAAGUUCAGCUGGAACGAUCCGUUGGUGUCUAUCGCGACGCGGUUUUAUCUCUGUAGUUCAUUUCCAUCAUGAUUGCUUGUCAUCCUUCUGGCUUGAUCUUUUCAAUUUUGAAAUGUGAUUGCGUAGAGAUAGGAUAAUUCUCGAAAAUAGCGUGCGGUUUGCGAGUGUUGAAUGUGAAAACUGCGGAAUGAUAAUUGGUUUGAAAAAAGCUGAAUCAUUGAUAAAGUAUUGGAAGGUUUCUUUUAGAAAAUGUGCCGGUGCAGCUCAAUGAUUGCGAUUCAGUGAAAAUUUGAUCAGAAGAAUACAUAGUAUUGAGUUUUUAUUUGUGGCAAGUGUGAUACAAGAACAAAGCUGAAAGGAAAUCGUGUGCUUAUUUUUAGCUCGGUACGUUGUUAUUAAAUCAAUAAUUUUCUUUUUUUGGAGCUUCAUACUUACUAUCAGUUGAACGCUUGUGGAAAUCUGGAAAGGAAAAGCAGCAAAGUACAGGAAUCUUGUCUCUAUUAAAGGGAUAAUCAGGAAGACAAAGUGACAUAAUUUCAGUAAACUUCAAUCAACUCCUGUUCUAGUGGGGGCCUACGAUAAAGUAGAAACUUAUCCUCUGAAUUUAGGUCCUUGCAUAUGUAUGUGUUGCCCGUUCUUGCGUUCCGAUACAAAGAAGCAGUCUUGAGCGAAAGAGGAAUAUUCAAGAAAUAGUUAUCCUCGAAAUUGGAUUAAUUUUUGAAGAACAAUCAACAACAACCUGAGGGUAAUUCCCUGAUUGCAGUCUUCAUCACUUUGCUUGGCUCAUUUAAACCAAUCACCGAUAUGUCCUCUGUCGCUCGGGUGAAAACCACCGGUCACCGAGCUUAUCAAUAAUUCUCUGUAUAAAGAGCCCAUCGAAGCGCUGUUGGGGACUCGGUCUCAUUUUCGGAUCCGUGCCAAAAAUCGCUCAUCUACCACACGUUGCAAAAGGAAGCGGGAUAGCCGAUAAAAAGAGCGACGUUUCAGCAAAAAAAAAGGUUACGACGAUGCAGAGAAAACCCUCCCUAAAAAGCUUUCCAGUGAAAAAAUGGCUGUCAUGAAUCAUAGCGUGCCAACGGCUGUUUAGUGAAGUGUUGAUUUAGAAGAGAUAGCUAGAGGAAAAGCAUGGUGAAUAACUCGACGGAACGGUGAAAGUCUCAUCCUGCCAGCUCGAAACGUGUUUUUUGUGCGAUUCCGAGAUUCCGUGCGGAAAAGUGUGUAUGUGUGUAUUCUAGCGAGGAGAGUUUCAUCUCUAAUUUGAUUUCAUCAGAUUGUGCAAAUCCUUCGGGGCAAGCUGCCACAUAAUGCAUUUACACUUCGAGAAGAGUAACAACACUAAAUGCGACUGCUCGAUACUGUCGCUGUCGUGGAUGGGAAAGGUACCAGACGACAUUCCAGAGGAGGAAGGAUGGAAGUUGAACCGAACGAACUACUACCAGGAGGGAUGGUUAGCUACUGGAAACGUGCGAGGCAUCGUUGGAGUUACAUUCACGACAUCACAUUGCAAGAAGAAUGUCGAAUAUCCCCUGCGAACGAAUUACAACCUGCGGGGACACCGAUCAGAUGUAAUUCUGGUGAAAUGGAAUGAACCGUACCAGAAGCUGGCGAGUUGUGAUAGCUCCGGUAUCAUCUUCGUGUGGAUCAAAUACGAGGGCCGUUGGAGCGUGGAGCUAAUAAACGACAGAAACACGCCGGUAACACACUUCUCCUGGUCGCACGACGGAAGGAUGGCGCUUAUUUGCUAUCAGGACGGCUUUGUGCUUGUUGGUUCGGUCGCUGGGCAGCGGUACUGGUCGUCUAUGCUGAACUUGGAUGCCACAAUCACCUGCGGAAUCUGGACACCGGACGACCAGCAAGUGUAUUUCGGUACGACACAGGGCCAGAUCAUCGUGAUGGAUGUGCACGGGGCGAUGGUAUCGCAAGUUCAGCUCGGUGCGGACACUGGAAUCACUUCAAUGGCGUGGUCAUGCGAAAAGUUCAAAAUGGAGGAAGGUGAAGACACAGAACCAGGAGUGACGAACGCUUCCAAACGCUCUUUUGUCCUAGCUGUAAGCUUCCAGAGUGGGUAUAUCUAUUUGUUGAAAUCCUUCGACGAUGUUUCUCCUUGUCACAUACAUACGGGGAUGAACGGAAAUAUAGGAUUUGUGAUGGAAUGGAGCAAUUCUCGUGAAUUGCUGGCGGUAGCCGGUAGUGAGGUGGUCUCAGAACCACAACCAAGUGAUACAAAUGGUGUAACAGUUUACAAGAAUAUUCUCAAAUUUUACACUGAGUCGGGCAAUCUUCUUUAUUCAGCCAACAUACCUUGCACUACGACUCCAGUAUCUGCCCUAACGUGGGGUCACAACGACAAACGGAUAUUCAUUGCGACGGGGACUCAAGUUCACAUAGCAUGGAUUUCCCGGCGAGUCGCCUCCUUACAGCUUUUCUGCCGGCUACAAGUACAAUCUUCAUUGAACUCAGAAGCAAUGCUGCCCAAAUUGCCCCUACCUGGACGAAUCAAAGCGCUGAUAGGCAAUCUCUUCGCGCAAACCAUACGGUGUUGUGUUCCCGAUUUGAAAUAUCUGCGAGAGUUUGUAUCUCGACCGCCGGUAUGCUCCACCCGGUUACACUGUACGAUGAUUCGGCACGACGAAGAUGCGAAUCAAAGUUCUGGUACCUGUUAUACAUUGUAUUUGGAAUUUCUUGGUGGUUUAGUUCCAUUGCUCAAAGGAAAACGAACGUCAAAAAUUCGUCCGGAGUUUGUGAUAUUCGAUCCACAGAUUGAUGAAACUUCCCCUUUUGUUACCUACUCAUCAGAUUCAACUAUUACCACUUCGAAAAGUUCAUCAGCUUCGAGUCAUUCUACGAGUGGAACCACAGGAAGAUCGGACAGUUCGGAAAGUGACAUAGAAGAAGGUUGCCGGUCACCACGGAUGUCCAGGAAACGGAAAGCACGAACUAAAAAGCGCCAUCCGAGUAGUAGUGAUCGUUCACCAAAUCAGAAUUCUGAUUCUCCUGAGACCAACGAAGAAUUAGCGUAUUUAGAUACGCUACCGGAGCAUGUCAAAUUGGUGGAAGUUACGUCUAAUAUUUGGGGAACUAAGUUCAAAAUUCACGGCCUGGCCAAAACCCUUCCAGCAAAUCUGGGUCAGGUUACUUAUAAAACUUCAUUACUUCAUCUGCAACCGCGCCAAAUGACCUUGGUGAUCACGGAACUUCGGGAUGAUUUUCCAACCGGUCCUGAUCCAACCUUCAAUCCUAACAUAUUUUCUGAAGACGAAGAAGAACACAAUCAAACGCAUUCCGGUUCCACUAGUCGCAAACUGGUAGAAUCAGCACCACCAAUAGCUCCGAUGUCGCCACGACCAAAUCGAUUUCCUUCGCGACCACGACGUCAAACGCCUUCUUUGCUUGCAUCCGCAUCUAACGGUCGGCCGCCCCUGCCCCAUCUAGGACCACUGGCACGUGCUGAAUCUUACGAAGAUGAUACCGAUUGCGCAGAAGUAGGAGAGCCAUCACGAACCGUUGCCACGCCUCCCCGUCAAGGCAUUAGCUAUUCUAGCUUAGUUAGCCAAUGUAGCAGACCAUCAUCUGCGUCUAGUAGCCAAUCACGUGUUGCCAUAUCUCCCCUGUAUUGUGAAGGAUCCGUUCCAACGUUGCAAUCGCCGAAAAAUGCGGUCGCUCCUAGUGAUAUUAUUUUCGAUAGGCCACCUGCCGGACAAACUACCCUUAUGAGCUAUUCGAGUAACACGGAUUACGUUAACAAUGUUGUUCAGGUCAAAAAUGCCCUAAUGUCCUCGGAUCAUACUCGUACCAACAAUCAAUCUCAUGUCAACCCCGUGCCGUUGAAUCUUAAUCUCAACCUAGAGCGGAUAGAAGCCAAAUCCAGUAGUAAUAAUAGUAAUGGUUGCAAUAGCAAUAAAGAAUCGUCACAUUCUACCACGAGUAAUGGAAGUAAACAUGGAACUCCGAAGAAGCAAAACUUGAAGUACAUCGACGAAGAAACUCCGUCUACCUCUGCAACGCCAGUGGUUCCAGAACCCAGCACGAGUGCAAACAGUAACAACAACUGCAAUAACAACGCUUCUGGCGCUACUAUGAAACGCACUCCGACCGUAAUUUCAAUGACACCGGUUGUAGCAAGUGGAAUUCCAGAUUCAAUCACCCGUAGCUGUAGUGUAGGUUAUCUAGAUAAUAUGGAAAUCGUUCCAAGUGAUGCAGUUCUUUCGAUGAUGCGGAAGGAAACUCCUUAUAAACGGUUGGUCUUAGUAGAUAAGAAGCGACAGAAAAAGUACCGGCGAAACUUCGAUGAUCCUAAGAAAGCCAAACUUCGCCAGGGUUGUAAAUCCAAAAGUUUAGACUCGUGUGACAUAUUGCAGGAUUCGCCAAAUCUAAAUCGUGACCUUAUUAAUCUGUUCCGUCAGAUGCCGAAAGUGAGUGAACUAUCAGAGAAUGAGACUGAAUACUCUUCGUCAGAUCAGGUUGAUCGCGUGCGUCCACCAAACGCUUCAUCUACUAUUGGAUUAUGUUCUACAUCCACGUCGAAACGAAGGCCAUCGAUGAAAUUUCCGGGAGUAACUGGGCCAAGUUUACCAAUCUCCAAAACACCUAUUCUGAAUCGAAAGGAGAAGCCGAAGUCUUGUUCUAUUUGUAAGAUGAUUUCUCCGACGGUUAAUUCCACGGAAACCAUAUGCGUCAAAUGUCGAAAAAAUGGCGGAGCUUCUACUUCUGUAGGAGUGGAUAAAGAGAACAAUAGUAUAGAAGACAGCCAGAAUAACAUUUACGUAGAUAUAAUAAGCACGAAGCCUCCGCAAGCUCCACCUAAGGCAAAGCGGUCAAUACUUGAGCAAUACAUUUAUUCUGUUUAUAGCAAUAACGGAGAUUUGGUGCUGAAAGAUGCUUCCAGUGGAACGAGCGGCGCAAAAAACUCUACUGACAAGAAAAAUAACAACAGUAAUGGAGACACCAAUGGAUCCUGCAGUACGCCAAAAUCGAAGAUGAGAAAAAAUUUUGAGAUAGUUACAAGUUUUACCGACAGUCCUUUGUUUAAUCGAAGACAUCGUUCCUUGAAUCGUAACGAUUCUGCAAAAUUACAGAGUGAAAACAAUACUCCAGUAAUGAGUCGAAAGUCUGAGACGAACAAAAACGAAAAUAGUGAAGGUCGCAAAAGUAGACGUAAGGAAGAAUCACCUCGUCGGCACCGGCGCAACGAUAGUUGUCCAGGACCUAGUCUGGAGAACAACAACAGCGAAGGACCGCUCCUUCAACCUGUAGAAAUAACUCCGGUUGAGCAGAAGGCUUCAGUAUCGCUGCAUACGCAAGCUUUGACGACCCUUGAAAACAUCAUCAGCCGCCUGCGUGAUCUGGACGAGGGUCGUCUGACGCCGCCAUCUUCUCCGUCGAAUUCCCGUUUACCACGUAGCUCACCUGCUUCGCCUGCGCCCAGUAAAAAGAGCAAACGUCAUCAAAGUGCUUCGCCAAUAAGACACAUAUUGAAUUCGCCGCUGCUGAAUCGACGACAGCGGAAAAAGCAGCACACCGAAAGCUCCGAUGAUGAAAGCCACCUGUUGAACCCAACGGACGAAAGCAGCGGGGGUAGCGGAAAUAAUAAGCAGUACCGCGACUUGGAAACAUUCCAGAAAGCGCAACUGAGGCAGAAGCUGAAACGAGGUAAAAUCGAGCCAAAUGGAGUGACCAGUUCAUUUCAGCCCCAGGCACCGGUUAGGAGAGAGUUUGUUAUGCACAACAAGGCUCCUAUGUGGAAUGAAAAUAGUCAAGUGUAUCAACUGGACUUUGGUGGGCGAGUUACGCAGGAAUCGGCUAAAAAUUUCCAGAUAGAAUUUCGCGGCAAACAGGUGAUGCAGUUCGGUCGGAUCGACGGCAAUGCGUACACGUUGGACUUUCAGUAUCCGUUUUCAGCACUGCAAGCAUUCGCCGUAGCUCUGGCGAAUGUGACUCAACGGUUGAAGUGAAGCUUCUUUUCCGAAAUGCGCCACGGAGAUGCAUCUUAGAGCCAAUGACGAGAGACAAAAUCAUUAACAUAUCACAAACAUAACAUACAGCAAGCGCUCAUGCUUAGUACUUUCUUUUAGGAAAAGUUUUUUUGUUAUAGCACUGUUCUGCGAAUUAUUAUCUAGGUGCAUACUGAACGGCAUAGCUGUUAGAUAUUAUUGCUAGCAGCUGUAAUGUAUGGAUGUUGAUUGUUGUGUGAGCUGCUUUGUAAUCAAUGGAAAUCGUAUCAAAUAACGCAAUUUUACGUUUAAAGCAAUUGUUAUUAUUAUUUGGGUUUGAUACCAUACAUUUUCAUAAAAUUGGUUUCAAGCGAAUUUGAAAAAAAAACAUGAUACGCAGCUUUUCCACAUAUCAUCCAUGUAUUUAUUUGUUGUUGUAGAUAUAUGUAAAAUGACAAAUGCGACAUUAAAACUAAAGGAAAUGAAAAACAAAUUCAUUAAAUGUUAGUCGAAGAGCAAGGUAGGAUAUAAACGAAAGAAGUGUUUCGCGUAUGGCCUACUGAAUAUAGUAGCCAAUGGUUAAAGGAAGAUACCAGUGUAAAAACUUUAAUCGCCAAAUUAGUCGGACAGGUAUUCCGUAGUCCUUGUUGUCAUGACACCGCUGUUACGCGGCCGUAUUCAUGUACAACGUGAGAUAGAAACGAACUUUUGUUUUACACAAAUGUAACACUACCAAAGAGGCGUGUUGUAUAUAACAAUAUACGCUUAUUGUCAUCUGAUUGUUUGGUUCUGUUCUCGAUUUUGUAACUAGUCAAAUUAUUUACUUUUAUCAUUGCCACUAUGAACCGAUACUAGUCAUUUUGCCCAAGUUACCUUUGGCCUCUAGUCAAACUAUACAAGGUUUUUUGAAUGCUGUUGCUUAUGUUUCUCUAUCCACAAGUUAAGUUUUAUUUUUUACAACCUUAAUGUAAUUCUAUAAGAAGUUUCAUGACAUGAAUUUUUCUUAUCAUUCAAUUAUAUUAUAUAAAACAAAAUGUUUGUUUUAAAUUCUAUAUCCCACAUCGUUAUUCAGACAUUAUUUUCAGGACCAGUUGGAUAAUGAAAAUAUGUAGGUGUCCGAAAACUGUUAACCGUUAUCUAUCCGUUUUUCGUUUAUCAUACAUUUCUCAUAAACAAUGUGUGAUGCCAGGCUUCUACCCAAAGUAAAAUCAUUCCACGCUAAGUGCAUCCCUACGGGUGUUCGCAGAAAAGAUUAAGAACAAUCGUUUGACGGUUGAAAAUUUGUCAUAAUACCUAUUCAGAAUCACAUUUUGCCGAAUCAAUUUUUUUCCUUCUUUAAACGAAGCUUCUCCUGCAAUUAGAGUUUGUUCAGGUGGAGUUCAAUAAAUCGGCCCAUAGGUAAUUAUUAAAGCAUGGUCAAAGAUUAUCACCAGACUGUUUUUUACACGAGCGGGUUAGUUCAUUAACAUUUACCUUCCCUUUAUCUACUGCUAAAGAAAUCAAUAUGUUUUAAAAAAUAUGUUAGCUUUCAUUAAAUAUGUUUAAUGACGAAAUUUUCAUGGUUUCGCAAAACCCGACGUUAGUGUAAAAUCGAUAGCAUUUGCAGCAUACAUUUUAUCAAGCUUUUGUAUAUGUAGCUAGUUUACCGAACACAUAGCACUGUUCAAUAUAGAAAGCGAUAAUGAAGAAGCUUAGGAACACAAUCCAUCCAAGGCUGACAUAUUUAAUUAUCGACAGACGAGCAAACAUUAAUAGCAGAAAAAUAUAGCGCAGCAUCAUUUACGUCCGUUUUAACCGAAAAUACGAACGCGGUAAUAAUACAAGCAUUCAUAGUUUGCAACCAACACACCAUCUACCUAUUUUUAUUCAGGCAGCCCGGAAAGGAUAACGACAGAAGUGUCAACACAUUCGUGAUAAGAAAAACGAACAAUGCGAUCGAAAAACGUGCGAAAUUUUUUUGACAUCUUUUUUACGACAUCGCGGAUAAAUAUACCGUCAGUGAAGGUUAAAAGUGUAACAAAUUCAUAUAAACGGAUCGGGUGUGCUUAUCAUUUUAUGUGUGCAAAAAUGCGCGUUUGUAACAUUUUUGUAAUCUUUCAAGCAAACAAACAUUUUUGACAAAUCCUAGCCCUGGAAACUUUUUGUGGAGAUUUUUUAUGCAUAGCCCAGUUAAAAACUAAAUAACGUUCGAAAAAAAAACUGAUCGAAAAAUAGUAAAACAGAAUAAAAGCUAAUCUUGUUUGAGCUAAAUUCCUAAUAUAUUAAAUUAUACCCGCGCUGUAGUUAAACAAAAUGGAAGAAUGCAUUUGCGAGAAAAAAAUUGAGCAUUGGUAGUCCAUUGACGCUAGUCACGAAAUAAAUAAAAAUCCGAGACAAACAA